AUGUCAAAACUAAAUAGUUUAUAUGCCUUAUUUUACCUAAUAUUUUUGUUAACGAGCCUAGGCAAAACUGAAUUGGUAGAAAAUAAUUAUGCGGUCUCGACAUACGACAUGGGGUACUUAGUUUCCCAUGAGCGUUACCUACUGGAUAUAUUACAAAACUUUACCAAUGAACUCCAGAAGAAAGUGGAUACAAUAGAGUACUAUUUGGAAAUGAUGGCGUACGAGGAUGAAGAGGAUUUUCCUACCGAUCCAAUUGAAUCUUUUCGGAUGAUUCGUCGUUUGUACUCGGACUACUCAAAUUGGGCUUGGUACUUGGAGCAGCAGCCAUGGGAGGCCUAUGUUGAUCAUAUGAUUGCUAUUGCUCCGAAAAUGCCAACGAAAAAGGACAUUGAGGAGGGCAUAAGGGGUUUGAAGCUCAUACAGUGGGUUUACUCCCUACCAGCUAGUCAAAUGGCCGAGGGAGUCUUACAAAACGUCCAUCACAACUCCUCACUCAACGCAAUGGAACGUUAUACCAUUGCCAAGGAUAUGGCCAAGAAUAACGAACUCAAGUUGGCCAUGGAGUGGUUAAUUGUGGGUUUGAACAAGUAUACGGCCGAUCGGGAGAACGAGGAUUAUUUUACCCAAUUGGGAGUGCCCCUGUCCAGUUUCUAUGAACUAUUUGUGGAACUUCAAGAUGGAUUAGGAUCGCGAACUUUUGCCCUGAAAGAGCUGCAAGCUGCCUUGAAACGGUGGCCGGAAAAGUUCAGUCUAUCAAGAGUUCAAUCUCGUUUGCAAAUGAACAUUCGCACUGGAAAGGAACCAAAUAUAAAAAAAGAUAUCCCAAUGGGUAAAUAUCAGCAAUGCUGCACCUCUGAGUGUCGUCCCAACUCCAAACUCUUCUGCCUGUACAACUCCACCACCUCGGCUUUCCUGCGCUACGCUCCUCUCAAGAUGGAAGUUCUUUCCCUCGAUCCCUAUAUAGUGCUCUACCACGAUGUGAUUUCCGAAGAGAACAUCGUUCGCGUUCAGAAUCUCACAAAGGGUAGACUUGAACGAGCCAAGACUUAUGGUAAGGAUGGAAACCUUAGAGAAGACCCGGAUCGCACAACCAAGGGAUUCUGGUUAGAAGAAGAUGUUGAGGUGGUAUUGAAAAUGGAAGAAAUCACACGGGACAUGAGCAAUUUCGAUCUCGAAGAGGCGGAGCACUUUCAGGUUAUGAACUACGGAAUAGGCGGAUAUUACUACAUCCAUUUCGACUUUUUAGGGUAUUCAAAGAACGAUGUGAGCUUAUCGGACCGCAUAGCCACAGUUGUAUUUUAUCUAAACGAUGUCCCGCAAGGUGGAGCCACAGUAUUUCCGGAUCUUAAACUCACGGUUUUCCCCAAAAAGGGUUCGGCACUUAUGUGGUACAAUCUGGAUCACAAGGGUGAAGGCGAUAAGAGGACAGGGCAUUCAGCUUGUCCAACCAUAGUGGGUCCCAGAUGGGUCAUGACCAAGUGGAUAAGGGAAAGAGACCAAGUUUUUAGUAGGCCUUGCUUGAGAAGCAUUUAGAUAAAUUAUCUUGUAAAUCUUUACGGUUAAAAUGUAAUACUUCGGGUUCUCUAUACAAAAUCGAUUUAUUUUGUAGACGAUGCAAUAAAUAAUCUUGUUUUUCACGCUA